GCUGGAGAUGGACAUGGAUGACACGUACAAGCUGGCUGAUUCCUUCGGGCUCUUGGAUGAGGUAAAACCGCAGAGAUGGGAGACUUCCCAGAGGGUGUGGGAGCCCUCUCCAUCACGCGCGAUGAUUGCUGCAACAGCUUUCCUGCGGGUCGUGGCUCUGGCCGUCGCCUUUUUCUUUGCAGCCCAGUACUUCAUCCGCUAUGCCCCUGCUAGGUUCCGGAACACCUUGCCGGUGAUACUGCUGAAGGCCACCUGCAUGCUAAACGCUGCAGCGUCAGAUGACGAGACCUGGGAGCAG